UUGACUGUGGACACAAAAAACUGCGAAAUCCAGGAGAAGGACAGCGCCCAGAAUAACUGUAAACCUCUGCAAACUGCGGCCGGCGGCGUGUUGAAAUGGGACUGCGGUCAUCUCCUCCGGGUGGUCGGACGUUCAGACAGAGGACAUGUCCUUCAGUUUGUUAAAGCCACAGUGCUACGCUCUCCAAGCAUGCCACAGCAGUGAUAAUAUCUCCAGCAGCACUGUUUGAUCCAAGAGAAACGUGCCUUGUAAGGAAGCAGGAUGUUCACAGGCUCCACCAAACUGCCACCCACUAAAACCCCCCAGCCCGAGCGGCUGGAUGAAGUGUACGCGGCCUUACGCAGAGGCUUACAGUCGUACCUGCAGGUCCACCAGCUGGAGCUGGACAGUCUGGGUCAGCAGAUCAGAGAGAACAAGAGGAACGGUCGCUUGGGGUCUUUGUAUGAGUUAGAUAAGCAAGUGAAAGCCAUAGAGAGGUUCAUGCGUCGCUUGGAUUUCCACCUCAGCAAGCUUGAGGAGCUGUACGAUGCUUAUUGUAUACAGCGGCGACUGCGUGAUGGAGCGAGCAAGAUGGUGGCAGCGUUUAACUCCGCCACCGGCAGCAGGGAGGCCAGAGAGAGUCUGAGCGAAGCCAACAAGGGUUACAGGGAAUGCACAGAGCACAUGUGCUCACUUGAGAGUGAAAUAGAAAGCCAAAUGGGAGAAUUUCAUGUCAAGAUGAAGGGCCUCGCCGGGUUUGCACGGCUGUGUGCUGGUGACCAGUAUGAGGUCCUCAUGCGCUACGGGCGGCAGCGCUGGAGGCUACGAGGCCGCGUAGAAGUCAGCAACAAGCAGAUGUGGGACAGCGAGGAAUAUGUUUUCCUGCCUCUAGUCACAGAGCUGCUGUCAAUCAAGGUGACGGAGCUGAAGAGCCUGGCCAAUCACGUGGUGGUGGGCAGUGUGUCCUGCGAGAUGCUCGAUCUGUUCUGCCCCCUCCCCCAGACGCUCGCCGUGGAUAUCAACGACCUCGGGACGGUGAAGCUGAACCUGGAGGUCACCUGGAGUCCGUUUGACAAGGAUGACCAGACUUGCUCCACCAGCACGGUUUCUAAACGGCUGCUGUCCAAUCAGAGCCCUCCUGACACGCCCUCGAUGCGAGAGCAGGUGUUUUAUUCUCUGCUGAAGCGUCAGGGUGAAAUGGAGAACGGGACGGUUUGGUCCAACUCCUCUGAAUCCUCCGAUGACUCCUCCAGUCCGGCUCUGGCUCAUCACACUCAGAGGCUAACGGCCUCCAACAUGCUGCAAACCACUCUCACCACUCAGCUGUCGUUCACGCCGCACAAGUCCAGCGCGUCGACGCCGUCGCUCUCAUCCAACCAAGAGGAGGACGAGACAGAAGCCGGCGAGGUCUUCUCUCAGACAGACACAGUGCCUAACGGCCAUCUGCAGACUUCCUGCUCUCCCGGCCUCGUCGGAGGGAGCAGCCCAGACUGUACCGCGACUGACAGAGCAUCUGUCCAGUCAGAGGACCUGUCAGAAACCUCAGCAGACGGGAGCAGCUCGUGCCCCGACGUCUCCGCUGUACCUCCCGCGUUGUCGGUGGAGAGCGCAGAGGUGGCGAAGGAUCAUCCAUCUGAGGAUUCGUCAGUAAAGACUGAACAGACUGAAGCAGAAAUAGAAAACAACACAGCGAAAGCAGUAGAUGGACACCGAGUAGAACAAAGUCCACCACCUCAGUCCGUCCAGGAGCUAAAGCAACCAGAGAACGCUCCAACGGUUCCUUUUCCUACUUCUUCUAGUUUCACUCAAGAAGUCGAGACGGCCCUCGAAAGUUUCGACUUUCUCAACUGCUCUGAUCUUGAUGAAGAUGAGGAGGAGGAUGAGCAACAACAGAAGGAUGAGAAACUAGAGGAAGAUGAGCAACUAGAGGAACAUAAGCAGCAACAGAAAGAUGAGCAACUACAGAAAGAUGAGCAGCAACAGAAAGAUGAGCAGCAACAGAAGGAUAAGCAACUACAGGAAGAUGAGCAACUACAAAAGGAUGAGCAACUACAGAAAGAUGAGCAACUACAGAAAGAUGAGCAACUACAGGAAGAUGAGCAACUACAGAAAGAUGAGCAACUGGAGGAAGAUAAGCAGCAACAGAAAGAUGAAAAACAACACAAUGAACAGGUGGAUGAACCGCACCAGAAAGUGGAGGAACAACAGGUACACGCAGCAGAGGAAGAAGAGCAGGAUCAUAAGAAACCUGAAGAGGACCAAAACCAAAUGGAGGAGGAGAAGAAUGUGGAGAUCUUCUUCUCUGGAGGAAGCGGUGACGAGGAGGAGGAGGCAGACGGUCUUGAGAUCCUCAUGGAGGCUCCAGAAGGGUUCAGGAACUCAGAUGAAGACCGUUUCUCAGAAUCACAGGAGUCGAGUGUGGGUGAUGUGCAGGAUUUGGGCCAGAUCGAAGUUCCUGAGGAUAAGGAGGAGCUCAGCGGGGAAAAGGGAGACGAACAACACGGAGAGGAAACGUCACACGAUCAGGAGGAGCGUCCCUCCACUCCCAGCCAUUUGGCCACUACUGUGUUCUAAUGACGCAGAGGAACCACGUUGAAACCAUUUCUCCCACUCUGAAUUACUGGUGCCAUCUCUCUCUCUCUCUCUUCUCUCUCUCUCUCUCACACUGCGGGACUGGAGGCCUUGAGGAUGUUUCACUUAUUGCUCAGACAAACAAGCUCUUCCAUUAUGGUGGAGUUUGUGCACACAUUUGCCUUGUUCUGACCAAGAACGAUAAACCUCGAGGUUGUCGACUGACAGUCCAACAGUAAUCAUUCUUUUGACAUUUCAUCACGUUGCCUGGGUCGGAGGUGGAGUCAGCGAUUCGAGUCUGAUACAUUUUUUUUUUAAAUCAAAUUCUGUGAAUAUCUCCUCCUGGUUUGCUGGCUGUCUGUUUAGAUUAAAGCAGUGUUUGUGCACAGCCCUGCCUCUGUAAACGGGAAACAAAGUGGCUCGGACCGAUCCACACAACACGACUCCACAGGAUGAAAUGAGGCCGUGGGAGCGAAAGUGACGAUAAAUACGUUAACAGUCUUGCUCCAGAAUUGCAGACUCCACCUUUAAAGCGCGACGCCACUUAAGUUUACACUUCGAUCGACUGCUCCUGUCAUGUGAAAAGUCAGUGUCCAAAAUGUCGACAUUUCAGGAACAGCCAUGAGAGCGGCCUUGUUUUUGGCUUUAUUACAGUGCUUUUUAUUUUUAAAGUAAUCAUUUUUGAAAUGGUUUUCUAAGUUCAAGUUGAUGUUUUGUCUUUUCAAUCAACAGAGAAGCAUACAAUCAGUCGUUGAGCUGCGUUACAAGGUUUUCAAAGAUAUCAGUAUUUGUGGAUAUGAAAAACUACCGAGGUUAUGAGUUUCAGUGUUAAAUCGGUGUACAGCCCGCAGCUCUUUUCUUGUUUAGAGGCAAAGACUUCACGAGCAUGUGAUGUUUGUGUGGAGACACGCAGUCAUUUCCAAACCAGGAAUGCACCCUGAAAACGAAGAGGACCAUUCAUUCUCAGCAUCAGAGACGGUUAACGAGAACUUUUAUUAGUACGCUUGUAGUGCAAAAGUCGGAUUCAAUGUCCAAAGCUGUACCUGAAUGAACGUGUUGUUAUGUACACUUGAAAGAUAGAAGUUUCUCUUCAGAACUCAUUUCGGUUAAACCUGAAAACAAUCUGCAGUGUGGAACUAUAUUUAAACCUGCAUGUGUAGCUGCCUCACGCUGCCAGCAUGUCUGUGUAAAAAAGCUCAACUGAUAAGUGUCUAAGCUAGGCUCCGCUCCAAGGAAGCCAUCCGGUCUGUAACUGUGUCCAAAAGCUGCCUCAAGGGGGCGCUAUAGUCUUUCAGCGUCAUGCUUCACAUGUUUCUUCAAAAGCCUCGUCAUUCAGAAAGUGCCUCAAGUGACAAGAGAUGUAAGGGUUUAAAUGCCACGACAGGAGAGAUCAGGCAAAAGAUAACAGUGUUUAUUUUCGGAAUUACUUUAAGAGUGUGCACAAUAAGAGAUAUUUACUGUUUCAUAUAAAGAAUUGUAUAUGUCUUGAAAUGUUAAAAUGUUUAUGUUCAGAAAUGUUUAAACUUUAUAAAGGUUUCUUUAAAAUUAA